AUGCCUUCACUAAAAGAAGAAGUGCCGUUUGAAAAUAGAGUAGCAGAGACACACAAAAUUAGAGCAAAAUAUCCCAACAGAAUUCCAGUGGUAUGUGAAAAAGCUAGUAGAUCAAACUUACCCGAAAUAGAAAAAAAAAAAUUUCUUGUGCCUAUGAAUAUGUUGGUAGGGGAAUUUAAGUUUAUUCUUCAUCAGCAUAUAAAUCAGAGUGCUUAUGGAAGUAACAUGAAAAUGUUUCGAGAGAAAACUAUAUAUUUGUUUGUUAAUAAUAUUAUUCCCAAAACAGGUUUGUUAAUGCAAGAAUUAUAUGAAAUGUAUAAGGAUGAGGAUGGUUAUUUGUAUCUUGAGUAUAGCUGUGAAAGUUGUUUUGGGUAA